GAACCGGGAGGCGGGACUUCCUCCUUGAGGACCGCGCCUCAAAAAGGGAAAAAAAGAAAGGAAAAAAAGAAAAGCCCCUCAAGGAAGAAAGACUGUGACAUCGAGUCAGUGAGACAGAGAAACGAGUUGAGCGUGCAGUCAUUUCAAGUCCGCUUCUUGAUCCAACAGCUGUCUGGUGAGCGGUGGCCGGGCCAGAGUGGGCCGCGCCAAUCGGCCAUCUGGAUGUUCCCCGACUAGCCGCUGGCCGGCAGGGCGACGGCAGAGCGCAGGCAGGCGGGCCUCAGCAUGAGCGAAUUCUGGCACAAGAUGGCCUGCUGCGUCAUGGCCAAAGCGCCGCCGAAGAGGAGGAGGCGGAGGAUCGAUCGCAGCAUGAUCGGCGAGCCCACUAAUUUCGUCCACCUGACGCACAUCGGCUCAGGAGAGAUGGCCGACGGACUCCAACCGUCGGGGUCUGUUCAGGAGCAGAUGAGCUCCAAAUGCCCACAGUUGAACGGCAGGAACAGCCUCUUGUAGCCGGUGUCUCGCGGUGCCAAGAGUCCUUUCCGCCGCCGAUCCCGGAGGUCCCAGCGUCCGUCCUUGAGAGGGCGCUGGGGAGCACGCCAUCUUGGCCAAAAGCGCAGAGCCUCCGGUCAUACGCGUUUCAGUUUGACGCCGACCGACUCGGAGGGACGGAAUGAUGUUACCGCUCGAGGAUAAAAACACAAAUCAUUGGACUCUGCUUCGCCCGCUCGCUUUCUGCACAAUUGCCGGCGUUUGUUACACGUCAAGUUCCCGGGAUCCUUUGAGCUCAUAGGACAUACGACCUGAGCGAUGACGUCGCAGUCUGAUGCACUGGAGGACUUCCUCUUUUUAAGACUUUCUGGAUCACGUGACUGCUUCCUGACAAGCCGUGGACAAUUUCAAGCCAGAAAAUGGCAGUAUGUGACCAGAUGAAAUGAACUUUGGCCUCGACAGAAACUCAGGGUGACCAGAUCAUGUGACAACUCUCACACUCACACACAUACACCCGUGAAGUUUUGCUGACACGCCAUCCACAUGCUUGCUACGCUAAGCUCCGCUCGCUCGCUUUGUGACUGAUAAAUAAAACCACGCUUCUUUCUAGCA